AUGAAACUGAAGCAAGGAUCGUUUCUGUGGUACCUCUAUCUGGAUAAACUGUAUUGCUUAUUAUCCGUGAGAAAUGUGAAGGCUUUGGUGGAGUAUUUUCACCUUCUUGAUGUGCACCGCAAGAAAACCUUGAAUGAUGUGCUAUUCUACCACUUCCUUCAUCACGUGACUGACCUGAAACGGAACCAGAUCACAAUUGUGUUUAACAUGCUGGACUGGAAGGCUGUGGGCGAGAUUGGUUUUGACCAGUUCUACAUGCUGGUUUGCAUACUGCUGGCACAGGAGAACCAUUUGGAAGAGCAAUUUAUUUUCCGCCAUUCCCGGCCUGUUUUUGAGCUGCUUGACCUGGAUGGGGAGCUGAAAAUUGGCCCAUCCAACUUCCACAUGUACAACUUUCUCUUCAAUAUUAAAAAACAGCAACUCAGAGACCUGUACCGUGACUUUGACAUCACAGGUGACUGUCGUCUUAAUUACAAGGAAUUUAAGCUGUUUACUAUCUUCUCCAUGGACAAAUACCAGGAGAGUCAGAAAGCAGCGAAAGAGAAAGCUCUGCCCGAAAAGAAAGUGUCACAAGUUAAUAUCAACUCUGUCCAUUAG